GCGUGCAUGUUCAUUAAAGUUCAUAAAGAACUCAUGCGUGACCUGUUACUCGGGCCAGUGCAUACUAAACCGUGAGGGCAUUUUUUCAUUGUAAUCUAAGACGUUUUAAUUUGACUGGUUAUGGACUUUGUUGCUUAGUAAGGUAGGUUUUUCAUUCAUGAUAGAAUGACAAGAUUAGCUUGUUAGCUUGCUAGUGCUUUCCUCAUCACUUUUCCAGGUAAAAUAUAUUGCAUUGGCCAGUUUCUCCCAAACCCACGUGUUCCUAUGGGGCUAAAUUGCUUAACAGCCGUAUACUUGACAAGAUAGUCUCAUUUUAAUUUGCCAGCGACAGCCAGCAGCCAUGGCACACAGCUUAGUGGCAUACAACUUUGUGUCCUGAUCUUGCAAAUUGUCAGUCGAGCUAUAUUUUCAACGAAAUGGACCAUCGGCAUUAUAGACCCCACCACCGGGACUCUGAACGUUACGGUGACCGCUCAGAGUUGAAGAGAACCUGGGAUGCUAACAGGGGAUAUUACGCUCCGAAACGUUUCCGACCUGACGAAAACGGUUCGCCUCUUCCUCGGACACUCAGCAUUCGAAGACAAUUAUACGAGAGAGACUUCCCUUUGUACAAACAGCCAGUGGAAAUGGGAUAUUUCUCACUGGAUUCUGACCGCAAUUUUCACAACGAUGCACGGCAGCUUCGUUACUAUGUAGAGCCCGACAGAAGACCAGAUUUCAACUUACGAGAUGGUUAUCGGGACCGUUUCAUUAAAAGAGACGAUAGCGUGAAAGAGAAACUUGACCAUAUUUUGAGGUGGGUUUUAGCCAACAGAUCCAAGUUCCAGCCGAAGGAUGGAAGUCCCUCAUCUCCCUGUGCACUUGGUGUGGACUUCGUUACAUGGCGUGGACAUUUAACCAAGCUGUUGACCACACCAUAUGAGACUCAGGAGGGCUGGCUUUUGGCUGUUUCACGACUGGCCGGCACUCUGUAUAUCAGUGAGGUGGAGACAGAGGCAUCGAGAACAAACCGCGAGAACCGCACAGAGAGACACGAGGAGAUGAUGUACUGGGGAUAUAAAUUUGAGCAGUACGCUUGUGCGGAUGACGCACACAGUCGUCCUGAUCCUGCUGGAGUGGUCAACACAAACGAGGCGUUCUGCACGGUCGUCCAGACUCGACUGGCGGAACAUAAACUCCUGUUCUCUGGGGAGGUGGACUGCCGAGAUAAAGACCCAAAAGCCCCCCCACCUCCUGCCUGCUAUGUAGAGCUCAAAACCUCAGCCGAAAUCUGCACUCCUAAACAAAGGAGCAAUUUCCACAGGUACAAGCUUCUAAAAUGGUGGGCUCAGUCAUUCCUGCCUGGAGUUCCACGAAUUGUUGCUGGCUUUCGAGACCAUGACGGAAUUGUGGUAUCUGUGGAGACCUUCCACAUCUCCAAAAUAUCCCAGCUUAUCAAGAGUGAACAGAACUGUUGGAAACCAACGGUUUGCAUGAACUUCUGCAGUGAUUUUCUGUCCUUUGUGAAAGAGAUUGUGACAGAGGACGAUCCAAGGGUGGUGUACCUGUUUGCAUGGGAGCCUCGCAGAGACGUGACCUACUCCAUCCACAGAGACUCUCAGUACUCAUUUCUGCCUGACUGGUAUGUGAAGGAGAUUACCAAGUGUCUAAAGCCAUAGGAACACCAGCCAUCUGCCCCUUCAUUCGGUUUAGGACACUGAACAUGUUUUAUAUCAGAGCAUAUGAUCCAAUUCUGUGGUUCUCUGUGUGCUAUUGACUAUGUAUGGAUGAUGAAGAGAAAGGUCAUGACUACAACAAAAGAUUUAUUAGAAAACAAUAUUAAUCUACAGCACACUCAGUUUUGAAAUGUAAGGGAGGUUUAGUAAAGCUUUGUUUCCCAGGGCUAAGUACUUGACAGUGAAUCUCCUGCAUGGUUUUUAGGUCUUGAAGACUCAAGCUGCACAAGAUAAAGAUUUAUGCUGUGUUCAUAAUGUUGUCAUUGUAACCUGAGAUGUAUUUACCUUAAAACAGU